AUGAGUGCCAUCCAGGCCAGCUCCCCGCACCGCGUUUUUUUGCGUGGGCUGCCGUUGGAAUUGGCCGACAGGUCGACUCUGCAAAACAUCUGCAGCGCUUUCGGCGACGUAGAAGAUGCUUGGGUUCGUGUGGUGGACCGCACAUCCGGGCUGCAUGAGAGCUGGAGCUUCGUGCAAUUUGCGACUGGCGGAGGGGCGACCUCGGCGGCGGAAGCUGGGCAAAACAUCUGGGAGCGAGUGGCUCAAGCUCAAGGGCUGCAGAUCGAUGCAUCAUCCAUAAAGGCCACGCUUCUACAGUCUCAGAAGCAUGCUGAGGGUGAAGUCGUCGCAGAGUCGGCGGUUCUUGAUGCGUUGGAAGCUGAAGAUGUUGGCAACUUUGACUUCGAAUCUUUCAGAGAAAGAUUCUCGAUGUGGCUUGGGCGUCCUGUUUUGCGCCGGGAUGCCGAGAUUGUCUUCAAAGUCUUACACGAGCACAGGCCAGAUGCCACAGUGCACGGGAUACUUCGCUCUGCGAAAGACAUUCGUCAUCACGAUGCGCCAGCAGGAACAGAUAUUCUUCUGGUCAUGGCAUACUCAGCCAACUAUGCUCCCGGAGCUGUUUGCCAAAGAGUCAACUAUGAGUACUCCAGAAGGCAUGGCUACGGCUUUAAAUGCGAAGUCCUUACCCAAGAGGACAUGCUUGCCGCCAUUUCCCCUCGAGAUGCGUUCACUUGGUACAAAGUGUUGCUGUUGAAGCGAGAGCUGAGCACCGAAACCUACAAGUACGUUGUCUGGCUUGAUGGUGAUGCUGCCAUUCUCGACCAAGACAAGUCCUUCGAAAGUUUCAUUCAUCAGGCGAAGGGUCGCCACCUCAUUCUGCAGGAGGAUCUUUCUGCAGAGUGCCGAGUUAAUUGCGGCGUGAUGAUCUUUAGGAGGUCCAACUGGACUUUGACAUUGCUCAGACUGUUGUGGGAAGGAAACCUUUCCAGACGACAUCACUGCAAGCCGUACUAUGAGCAGUCGGCACUGGUGCGACUCUUAGUGGAAGCCAAGGAGCUCCCAGCCAGGCCUUCGACUGCACGGCUCCAGCGCCCCUGGCAUUCCGACAAAGUCUGUCUUCUGCCGCUGCGCUCUUUGCAGACAAACCGGCUACGCGAGGUGCAGCUCACCCACCCUGACAAAAGUUUCAUUUUCCAUCCGCUUUUUGCGUCGGAGCAGUUCGCAGAGGACAAGGCAAUUCGUCACUUUGCAUUCGAAACAGGACUGGAGCUGAUGCAGCGGCAGCACACGAUUCAUGUCUGGCAAACGUGGCCGCAGAAAUCCUUGGGCAUCCACCACAGAAGCACGUCGACCGACAUGGGAAUCGGACCCGAUGUAUCUAUCUUAAGUUUGAUCGUGUUGAGAGCUCAUUUCCCUUGUUUGACCUUGUAUGGUGGGAUUGGUGGGGAUGCCGCCGAGAAGGAGCUCAUGCUGAGGCUGAUACUCGCGGCACCAAUCCCACCUGUCCAUGCGGCUCAGUGCCGCAGGGUGUGCGCUGUUGCAUUGCCGACCGCGGGUGUAAUGCAGCAAACUUGCCGUUCCGAGUUCAUCUGUGAUGAGCUGCAUGUUCUGACUCUGGCUUGGCAGAUUCUCCUGCGCGGAAAUGCUGACGAGGUGCAUCGCAUUGAGGGACGGCCUUUGUUGCUGCUGGACAAGGCAGCUCGGCUCCGCGACAAGGUUUGCAAACGAGCACCAGUGCUGCAGGAGCAGUGGGACCAGUUGGGUGUGGAGACCGUAUGCGUGGUGGUUAGAGGCAUGAGUGGCGAGAUCAUUCUGGAGGAGCCAGAGGCAAAGUCAAGAACCCCGGUCAAGCACCUCGUGACGAAGAUCCGAGCCAUGGCAGACACCGAGGCCGAAUUGGUUCAGAUAUGCCUGGGCACCACAGUGCUCAAGCACUGUGCGAUGCUAGGCGAUUUCCUGGUCCCAGACACAGACAAGAGCAUGUUGGAGUUGACCUUUCUCAAGCUGUUGGGCCCUGCUGUGACUGUGGAGGCACUAACAGGACGUGAGAUCAAGUUGCUGGACUCGGUCCCCAGCCGAGGCGAUCGCUGUCACUUCGAUCGAAGCUAUCGAUUCAUUUCCUUGGGCAGCUUUGCUGACAAGCCGUCCAUGCGCUAUGUCAUGACAAGCAAUGACGACAAGGGGACUCCUUCCGACGAGGCCAUGUGGAGACUCAACGUUCGCAUGCCCGUUAUUGUGUAUCUCAACUUCCGAAGCGAGAUGCACGUGAGGUAUGUUCGUAAGUGGUUGCAAACCGGUGAUUGGACUCGAUCCACGCAGAUGGAGAGCACCGUCACAUCAGGUAUACCCAAUGGACCUUAUUCGGGACCUGUUUUCUUCAAGGCGGUCAGUGACGGUCUGUUGGAUUUGCGUGGAAGUGAUUGUGGAGAAGGGACUUACUUCGUCUUUAUUGAUACUGAGCCAGACCUCUCGUGA